AUGUUCGGCAGCUCCGGUACGCUAAGUAAAGAGGAUGAUUCUGCUUUAGAUUCGUCCAGCUCCCUCGAUUCACAAAGAACUCCUACCAUCCCGACCUCAAGCGAGCCCGGCAACGGCGGUGAGAAGCGGUCCAGCGAAGGCGGCAGCCCUAACCGCAAAGACGACGAGAACGGAGCCGAAAAGAAGCGCAGAGGCUCGCGCGCUCGCGACAUAUUCUCCAGUGCGAAGCAGUCCUUCCAUCUUGGCUCCUCACCCACCUCAUCCUCGCCCAUAGAUUCAAAAGCACAACAGACACCCAUGCAGAAACUCGCAAAGAGCGAUCCGGCGCUGAGCGUUCUGCCAGGAUCUCUCAACAAUGCAGCCGGCGAAUCGGUGCCUGGACCUCGAUCCACAUUCCGUGUUGGUGUCACGGAAGACAAGAACAGGAAAUGUCGUCGCACCAUGGAAGAUACCCAUGCCUAUCUCUAUAAUUUCCUCAGCACGCCAGCGCCUGUGCUAGGUCUAGAUAGCGAUGCUAAGAGCAAGCUAUCAAAAACAGAAACGAACUCAAGUACAGUUUCUGAUGGGACGCAGCAAGUCGUUGAGACAGACAACGGAUACUUUGCCAUAUUUGAUGGCCAUGCCGGCACUUUUGCUGCGGACUGGUGUGGGAAGAAGCUACAUUUACUCUUGGAGGACACUAUCAAAAGAAACCCGAAUACACCUAUUCCCGAACUUUUAGACCAGACCUUCACCACUGUGGAUACUCAACUGGAGAAACUUCCUUUGAAGAACAGCGGGUGUACUGCUGUCAUCGCGGUCCUCCGUUGGGAAGACCGAGUGCCCAAUUCCCAGUCGGCUACAGGGUCGGCGUUCUUUGCUCCAGCAGCAGCAGCAGUCGUCAAAUCAGCAACCGAGGGCUCGAACAAAGGAACUGCUGGGGAGGCAAGCACUGGAACACAGAAUAGCUCAGACGUCACAACUACCGUGUCUUCGGAUCCUGUAGCCUCCGAGGCGAGACUACGUGAGAGUGCUUCACGACAGAGAGUGCUGUACACAGCCAAUGUCGGCGACGCCCGCAUUGUUCUAUGCCGAAACGGACGCGCCCUUCGACUUUCAUACGACCACAAAGGAAGCGACGAGAACGAAGGCCGACGUGUUGCAAAUGCUGGUGGACUCAUUCUCAACAACCGUGUCAAUGGUGUCCUUGCUGUUACUCGAGCUCUAGGAGAUGCUUACAUGAAAGAUCUAGUGACUGGCCAUCCCUACACGACGGAGACGGUCAUACAGCCGGACUCUGAUGAGUUCUUGAUACUAGCAUGCGAUGGACUGUGGGAUGUCUGCUCGGACCAGGAGGCAGUCGAUCUCGUUCGACACAUGCAAGAUCCGCAAGCGGCUUCCAAGCAACUGGUGGACCACGCGCUUGCACGGUUCUCGACAGACAACCUCUCGUGCAUGAUCGUUAGAUUCGACAAUAAAGCGCUGAAGCAGCGUCGGGAAGAUCCAACCUUGGGGGUCGAAGUUGAAGGAGUCAAGCCGAAGGGCAUGACUGAGACAGAAGCAAUAGUGUCUCAGGCCAAGAAGCAACUGGAAUCGGGAGACAGUCUUGAAAAGACAGCAACACCCAACAUGAUUGUGGAAGAGGAAGAGGAUACAGGGCCGGAGCUCAACGUUGAUGCACUCAAGGAGACCCAGCAGAAGAAGUAG